AUGGGUCAUCCUGAUGAAGUCGACGUGAUUGUAUGUGGUGGUGGUCCAGCAGGAUGCGUUACGGCUGGUCGCUUGGCUUAUGCAGACCCUAGUCUGAAGGUCAUGCUUAUUGAAGGUUCACCAUAUCUUCCUUUUUAUCUCGAACUUGUAUUAAUGGAAAGACAGGCGGUGCAAACAACCGUGAUGACCCUUGGGUUUAUCGACAACAGUCCUGGUAUUUUCGUGAAGAACAUGCAAAGGGAUGGAGUCAACGACAAGGCCACAUUUUACGUUGAUACAAUGCAAUCAUCUUAUCUGCGCGGGCGCCAGAGCAUUGUUCCAUGUGCAAACAUCCUAGGUAUGAAAUCUCAUUUCAUUGAACGUGAUUCUCACCGAGUUGACACCCUCUUCAGGCGGAGGAAGCAGAUGUACACGAGGGCUUCUGGGUCAGAUUGGGGUCAGAGUUUAUUUAACCGUGUGGUAUCAAUGAUUUCUGACGCUGUAUUGAAGAUGACUUCAAGACUCCUGGUUGGACUGCCAAAGCUCGAGAACUACCAGAAGCCAGUUAACAACGACACUCACGGAUACGACGGACCAAUCGCGAUCAGCAAUGGUGGAACUAUCACCGCUCUUGCCCAAGAUUUUUUGAGGGCAUCUGACUGUGUUGGCCUCCCUUUCAGCGACGAUCUCCAGGACCUCGACACCGCCCACGCCACUGAAAUCUGGGCUAAAUACAUCAACCGACACACCGGAAGGCGUAGUGAUGCCGCCACUGCUUAUGUGCACAGCGUCAUGGACGUCCAGACCAACCUGUACCUCCGCACCAACUCGCGAGUGUCUCGCGUCAUCUUCGAGGGCACCAAGGCCGUUGGCGUUGCAUACGUCCCAGCCAGGAAUCGCGCCCACCAAGGUCAGCUCAGAGAGACCAUCGUUCGUGCACGCAAGAUGGUCGUCCUCAGCAGUGGCACCCUCGGAACACCCCAGAUCCUCGAACGCUCCGGUGUCGGAAGCAAGGAGUUGUUGGAAAAACUCGGCUUGAAGGUCGUCAGUGACCUUCCAGGAGUCGGUGAGGAGUACCAGGAUCAUUACACUACCCUUUCCAUCUACCGUGUCUCCAACGAAAGCCACACUCUAGACGACUUCUUGCGCGGCGACAAGGAAGUGCAGAAGGAGAUGCGCCCGACCGAGGCCGAACUCAAGGAGAUGGGUCCUGAAUUCAACGAGCUCUGGGACAGGUAUUUCAAGGACAAGCCAGACAAGCCAGUCAUGUUUGGUUCCAUCGUGUCUGCGGCCUAUGCCGAUCACUCUCUCCUUCCUCCUGGCAAAUACAUCACCAUGUUCCAAUACCUCGCUGAUACCCCUUCUCACCCUGUAAUAUCCCAGGAAUAUCCUGCGAGUCGUGGAAAGAUCCACAUUAGCUCUCCCGACCCAUACAAGGCACCAUUCUUCGACAGUGGUUUCAUGAACAACAAGGCCGACUUUGCUCCAAUUCGCUGGAGUUACAAGAAGACGAGGGAAAUUGCCAGGCGAAUGGACGCUUUCCGUGGCGAGCUCACCUCCCACCACCCACGUUUCCACCCAGCCUCUCCUGCUGCCUGCAGGGAUAUUGACAUCAGGACGGCGAAAGAGAUGCUCCCCAACGGCUUCACCGUCGGAAUCCACAUGGGAACCUGGCACAAGCCCGGUGAUGUCUUCAACGCCGAGAAGGUCCAUGAAGAUAUUGUUUACAGCGAGGAGGAUGACAAGGCCAUCGAUGAAUGGAUUGCUGACCACGUCGAGACUACCUGGCACAGUCUUGCUAUGAAACCAAGAGAGGAGGGCGGUGUUGUCGAUGGCCGUCUCAACGUUUUCGGAACCGAGAACUUGAAGUGUGUCGACUUGAGUAUCUGCCCGGAUAACUUGGGCACGAACACGUACUCAUCUGCACUUCUCGUCGGUGAGAAGGGCGCUAGUUUGAUCGCAGAGGAACUAGGCCUCACAAUCAGAAUUCCUCACGCUCCCGUGCCUCACGCCCCCAUUCCCAAGGGCGUCCCUGCCACUCAGCAAGUUCGCUGA